UUAAGCGCAAGGAUUUUCCUUUGUAUUCGAAUAUUUAGAGCGACUUUUGGUAACCCAGAUCUAGAAUGUAGUUCACGUUCUAUUGAAGAAAAUAUACUGGCUUUAAAGAUUGGGAUGAACCAUGGUUGAAGUAAGAAAACUGUUGUCCGCGGUGAUCUUUACUUUACUGUGGUUCUUACUUUUAGCGAGGGAUUCAAGUCAGCAAACUCCGAAACAAGACAUUUACAUUGAAGUACUUGCCAAUGGUUACGUAUCACGUGAGAUCAUGACGUCACUGCGGUAUGCAGUCAAUAAAACUGCAUCUGGGAAUUCCUCGGUAAACUUCCACAUUCGUACGGUAUCCAUCACACUGGGGCAACCCGACCUGUUUGAGUAUGCCUCAUCUAUCAAAAACAAAACGACAGUCUUCAUCGAAGACAACCAAAUUUCCCAGAUAUCGUGCAUAGUAAGUUCUCUCACACGAUCUCCGCUGGUCAGCCUAAAUGGCAGACCACAUGAGCUCUUGGAAGUUGAUCAAUGUCGCUACGUCAUGUCCGUAUCGGCCAACUCAGAAAGCCACAGUCUGGCGACCAGAGACUUGGUAAAGAUGAAUCCAAGCUGGACCAAGAUUGUCAUUCUAUACGAGAUGGAAGAAGCAACACACGUAGCUCAGCUACAACUCGAACUGGCCAGCGAAAUGUCCCGAAUACAUCUUGUUUUGAUGGAGAACAGAGUCAAUGAGACUGACUCUAUUCUUUUGGAGAGAAUCUGGAAAACCAUAGUUAAAACAAAACCCCAGGCUAUAAUCCCAUUGGUCAGCGAUGCCUUCAUCAAAAGUCUGUUGCAAAUGCAAACAUGUUCUCUGCAAAAUCCAGUGACCUGGUUGAUACAAGGAAAGUUUCCUAGCAACCUGACAUCAGUCGGGCAAAACAUCGUGGUCGCUUUCCAGCUGCCAGUCACAAACGAAAGCGAAACACAAGAACUGAAAACAAUCCUUAAAAACAAUGGGGAUUUGCCAACAAUGACUUCAUGGAUGGAGGAGGGUCCGCUGCUUUCCCAUGAUGCACUACUGUURGUUGCCAAGGCAGCUAAUGACGCCAUCCAUGAUAGCCGUUGGAAUGCCAGCGCAAACGACAGUUCACCUUAUCCUACAAAUGGUGAAUUGCUUCGGGAAUACAUCUUGAAUACAAGCGUUAAGGGUUUCACUGGCACCACCAAAAUCGAUUCCCAUCUGGAACGAGAGGUCGAAGAACUUCAAAUAAUAAACUUACAAAACAAUAUGCAUGUUAAGAUCGGUAAUUGGUCCAAAUCUGGUAACGCUGUUCUUCACAAACCAAUGUCUAUAAACGUUGUUGCAGAAUACUGCAAGCAGCCGCCUCUAAGGGGGCACACUCUUCGGAUUACAACUGUAGAGGUCCACCCAUACAUCAUACAGUACAAGAAAGAGGAUGGCACUGUUGGCUUCAGAGGUUUUUGUAUCGAUAUUCUCGAUCAACUUGCACGUGACCUUGGGUUCAAAUACGAAAUAAAUUUCUCACCUGACAAGGCAUAUGGUGCGUUGAUCAACGGAGAAUGGAAUGGUAUGAUUCGGCAACUUAUCGAUAGAAAAGCAGACAUGGCCGUGGCAGCUCUCACCGUAACAGAAAGUCGAGAAAAGGUGGUUGACUUCACGGUGGCUUACCAACACUACACUGACGAAAUGCUUAUGUCCAAACCCGCUGAAGAAGAUAAUCUCUUUAUCUUCGUAGACCCUCUGUCUCACGCUAUUUGGUUCUCCUUGGCUGGUACAGUCGUCGUAGUCGGGAUAAUUACAUAUCUCUUGAAUUACUUCUGUCCUUAUGGCUGGAAGGACAAGAACGGUCAAGGUGCAGCUGCAGAGUUCUCGCUGUUCAACAGUUUGUGGUUUUCCUUGGCGUGUAUUCUACAGCAAGGGGCCGCUGACCGACCAAAAGCAUUGUCAGGGCGAAUUUUCGCAGGAUUCUACUGGUUUUGUAUUCUUGUGUUCGUAUCAACCUACACAGCAAACCUUGCUGCGUUUUUCACGGCAAAAAGUGCUGCAACCACGAUCAACAACAUCCAGGAUGUCAUUAAUUCUGAUUAUGACAUUGGAGUGACGUUUUCAUCGGCACUCUACUCAUACUUCAUGACAACGGACUAUGAAAGCUACCAGCAGUUGUGGAAUCGAAUGAAAAAUAGAAACACCUUCCCCAACACUAGCAUAAAUGGGAUAGAAUGGGCUAGAACGAAAAAUUACAUCCAUAUUGCUGAUGGGCCAGUACUGCGAUAUGCUGCCACCCAACCACCUUGCAAUCUUAGGACAGCUCCUGGCCUAAGCACUCCGAAAGGCCUCGCAUUCGCUUUACAUCCUGGCAGCAUCUACACGAAGAAUAUGACCCUAAGCAUGCUGCGCAUGCGCGAGAAAGGCAUCCUCGACGAGAAGCAAAACUUUUGGUGGGUUACAAAUGCAGUAUGUCCUAAAGAGGAUACGAACUCGUUGGAGAGUAAGAAGGUUCACCUAAAGAACAUGGUUGGUGUUUACAUCGUGCUUGGUGGAGGAACAGUUAUUGCCUUUGUUGUACUGAUUGUAGAGAUACUAUGGAAACGAAAAGCUGAGGAGAAAUUUGAAAAGCUUCGCAAAGUCUCUCUCAAAAAAACGCUGAAGACGCCAGUCAUGCCCUUUAAUGAUAAGGAUUCUAAGACAUUACCAAGAGGAAACGGAAUCUAGAGUAACAGAUGGAAUGCUUUUCCAAGCGCAGGAUAAGCAAUCUUUAACACAUUUUUCGUUUGCACGUCAUAGCCGCUAUGUUGGAAAAAUGUGACAAAAACAUUUUUAUAUUUCUUUCAUUUUCUCCAAAAUGGCGGCCAAUUCUUUUGUUAUAUAUUUACGUUCAUGUCUUUUUUUAUUUUUCAAUUUUUGGGGGGAUGAUUGUAUACCAUUGUGGACUUAUGUAUUAUUCACUAUAUUUCGUACUUUAAUCUACGUAUAGGCUUUUGUAUAAUAUAACCUAGUUGACGAUCAUCGUUUUUUGACAACCAUUCAAAUCUCAAUUUGACUUGUUUUCUUUAACGCCUCUUAUUACGAUGUAAUAGUAUGGCGAACGCUUUGCAUUGUUGUCUAGCAUCUGAAUGAAUAUAUAAGUUUUCUUCUUCACACUUACAUAAUUAGAGAUGAGAUGACAAAAAUUAAAUAUUAGAGUCAAUUUUCAUUUAAAAUUUCAAAGCAGGAAUCUCUCAAGUCGCAAGCCCAUUGCCAAAAUAUUUCGCACAUUUACAGUACGCGUCCGAUGCACUUGUGUUCAACUUACAGCAAUGGAGUGGAGUCAGCGUUUGUCAAUCAUGUGCCAACCAGAGAUCAUGAUUGGCUGGUAAACCAAACCAAACUUUUAAAGAAACUUUGUGAAAAUAGUUGGCAUAUAAUGGAAGGGGCACCUCCGCUUUCUGAUUAUCGUUACGAUGGUUUUGUUAGUAAACACAAAGUAUUAUAUAGAAAUCAGUUGCACUUGAUUUAAUAGUAAACAGGCUUUGUUAUUUAGUUGGAGAACGUUGCUCCCAUUCUUCCCUUUUAUUCGUAAUUCCCAUAUUUUGUAGUUCACACAGAAUUUAACGCAUGCAUUCUUUCGUUUUGUCAGAGUCACAAUAAACAAUAAACAACAUAAUAUUCAACUCCCGUUA